CAACUCACUCUUCUUUGCCAUUGGAUUUGGGGGUGUGAGAGACAAAAGAGGCGGCAACAACAACACUCAACAGACCACCAAAAAUGGGAGGCUUCAACAACUUGUUUCACACAUUCUCAUUGCUUACGAGGACACAAAGAAAUUCUCUUCGCUCCAUAUCAUCAUCAUCAUCGUCUAGAUCAUUUUGUACUGACAAUGGUGCUGAUGGCCUUCAGAACUCUAGGGUUAAAAUCUUCGACCGGGACCUCAAACGCAAACAACGUGAUCGAGCUACAUGGUUGAUGGGUCAGACUCAAAAUGACUCCUUUGUAGAUGCUGUUGUUGAGAAUGUAUUGGAUCGUUUGGAGGACUGCAAAAAAUUAUUUCCUACUACAUUAUGCUUAGGGGGUUCAAUACUGCCUAUCAGGCGUUUGUUACGUGGCCGAGGUGGAAUUGAGAAGCUUAUUAUGAUGGAUACAUCGUAUGACAUGGUGAAAUUGUGUAAAGAUGCUGAGCUUGAUGAUGCACAUAAUGAAAAGAUUGAGACCUCCUUCAUUGUUGGUGAUGAGGAAUUUUUACCUGUUAAAGAAAACUCUCUAGAUCUUGUAAUAAGUUGCUUGGGCCUUCAUUGGACUAAUGAUCUUCCAGGAGCUAUGAUACAGAGUAGAUUGGCUUUGAAGCCUGAUGGCCUAUUUUUGGGAGCUAUUCUUGGAGGAGAAACCUUAAAGGAGCUGAGAAUUGCUUGCACAGUGGCACAAAUGGAGCGUGAAGGGGGCAUCAGUCCAAGAAUUUCACCUUUGGCACAAGUGCGAGAUGCUGGAAAUCUUUUGACCAGAGCAGGUUUUACUCUUCCAGGUGUUGAUGUCGAUGAAUAUGUAGUUAAAUAUGAAAGUGCUCUUGAGCUAAUAGAACAUUUGCGUACAAUGGGAGAAACUAAUGCUCUUGUACAAAGAAACAAGCUUCUGAAGAGAGAAACAGCCCUUGCAACUGCAGCUAUUUACGAGUCGAUGUUUGGUGCAGAAGAUGGCUCGGUCCCGGCUACUUAUCAGGUGAUUUACAUGACAGGGUGGAAGGAGCAUGAAUCUCAACCAAGGGCCAAAAGGAGGGGUUCUGCCACUGUAUCUUUCAAUGACAUUAAGAAGCAGUUUGGAAAUACUUGAAGUUGAUUUGUAUGUGCAAAUUUGAAAUGUGUUCAUUUCUUUUCUUUCUUAAAUAACAAGAACUAAAAUAAAAUAAAGUAGAAUAGAGCAUUGAUGCUGAAUUUAAUUAUUCUGUGCAAUUUUGUUAUUGCUUUGUAAUCUUUACAAAACAAUGCUAUGUAUAUCAUAUUCAAAUUGAUGUAGUGACAAUAAAGAUCCAUGUUUAAUA